CUGAGGUGUUUAUGUGGGUAAAGUUUCAGAUCAAAAUUCAAAAAUAUGGCCUUGCUGCAAAUGUGGAGUCUUAUAGGAAAAAUUCAGUAAAACCUCGAUAUCUCACUAGGAACAAGCUAGGGCACGAACUUUUUUUACGGUGGGCAUGAUUCAUCAAGGCCUACAAGAUGCGCAAAGUCCCGACUAAAAAUCGCUCCAACACCUGGGAAUGUUCCCUCGUAAGUCGACUUAAGAAUGCGCAGUGUUAGUGAAGUUACUGAAAUAUCGAUAGUCAGUCACCGACACUCGAAUACUGAUUAUACUGGUAUCCGCGUCCACUACAAUAACUCUAUCAAAAUAUGCCUGCAUUUUGUAGUGCUGUGUUCCGAUGCUUCAGCAAACAUUAACAUAAGUGUCCACUAAUUACACUAAUGAAAGAAUCUUCUCAAGCGUCUUCUUCCUAUUUCAAUCAUUUCUUUGCUCAUAAAUACUACAUAAUGUUCGAAUAAAACUCUAAAAGGAUUUCAUGAGCGAUACAAAGAUGGUUUGCUUUACUUUAGAAUUUACAGAUAGGUUUUUGCAUUUGUGACAAUCACUUUUGUGAGACAACAGAUCUAUGAGGAAUGAAAAAAUCGACGACUUCUGCUUGAAAAAACUUAUUUUUUAUCGAAGCAUAAACUGAUACAACUUCAAAUUGACUUUAACAAAAAAGUAACUCUUUGACCAAACUUGUUUUUCUUAUCAGGAAGUAUCAGAUCAAAGUUUGAAGGUUUGUCAGUAUCAGACUGCAACCGUGAUCACGGAAUGAUGAAGUUGUUGAGAUCGAGACUGGAAAUAAGGAGAAAAAGUUAUCUGAAUCGAAACUAAAGAUUAUAGUUAAAUGGAUUAUCUUAUAUAUCAUACCUAGAUAUUGACUCAUUCAUGUCUAAUCAUACGAACCAAAGCAUAAUUCAAAAGAGGUUACAAGAAAAGUAUCAAGCAUGGGCUAAAAAAAUAAAAAAACGAGUAUUGUAGAGCUUCUUUAAAGGUGAUAUAAAUAAAUUCUGGAAUAGUUAUCUAUAGAUUGAGACCACCGAGAAAAAAGUUCAAAAACUUAAUCCCGCAGUCUCAACUUAGAACUCAUUACUGAUUCUGUGUGUUAAAGCUCUAAUCGAUUUUAUACUUGAGAUUCAUGAAAAACUGCAUUGAUCAUUUAUUUUUGUAUUUGCAUUAUAUUAACAUAUAUAUUUGUUUCUCUAUUUAGCGAUGUUUGUCUGCAGUACAUGCUGUUUUAUCAAGUAAAUUAACACGACUUGAACUUGUUUUCGAUGAUCGAAAAUCUAAUUUAUCAUUUAUACUUCAUUGCCGAUAUAAUAUUAUGAAAAUUCAUUCAUGUUUUUAUAUUGAUUGUGAGAAACUUCAAGCACGUUUUGAUAAACAAUCAUAUAAAAAUUGUGUAUCAAUUAUGAGUAAAACAUUACAAGAUUUAACAGCUCAUUUUCCAGCUAAAUGGGAUGAAAUAACAAUUCGUGUAACAAAAGAUCAAUUUAUUAUUAAAAAAUGUGAUGAAAUUGUUCAUGAUGAUGAAAGUGUUGCUUAUGGUAUGAAUUUUCAAGUUGUUUGUGAGCCAAGAGAAUUUAUUAGUUAUGAUAUACAAUGUAAAUCAGAUAUUACAUUUUGUCUACGAGAAUUUAAAUUUUUAUUAGGUUUAGCUGAUUUACUCAAUUUACCUAUGACAAUAUAUUUUGAUAGUCGUGGACGGUAA